UGUCAUAAUUAAUUUUACUUGUCAAACAAAUCGAUAAACAUUAUGCAUUUUAUUUACGUUGUAUUUUAAUGUAAUUCUAUAAUUUUAUAUAAUUUAUUUCGUAUUAAUUGAUUAUAUUUACCAUUCAUCAUGACUAUGGCUGAGAAGAAGAACGAUUACCCUCCGGGCGUGGAGGCCGACCGGAGGCUGCUCCCGUUCGAAACAUGGGAGGACUAUUUAGAUUCUUUAAUCGAAAUUGCUGACCUCCGGAAUCUCAGGAGCAUUCCAUCUGCUAGAAUUAUUGCUGCUCUUGGUUAUAGGGCUCUUGGCGAUACUCUAUCAGAGAAAGAGUUUUACGCGAGACGCGCCGUCAUACAAAAUAUUGUUUACCCAAUAACAAAGCCGUACGUCCUAGUGAGCGAAGGGACCGACUUGGAAGAUCCUUUUAAAAGGGAAUUGGCGAUAAGGGAGCGCGCCAACAGAAUUGGCAUUUUGCAGUCAAUAAUUUUCAUACGACACUUCACAAGAAGUGGUUUCGAAAUAUCCGGAUACAUUGAUUACGCACAUCGACUGAUCACCCAGGAUUGGGGACCGUUUUUCAAAUCCAAGAAGAUGCUCUGGCCGAAGGACAGCGACCUUGGAUACUUCCAUUGGCGUCACGGUACCGUUAGAAGUAACAUCAGCCGAAAUUAUAAGACAACAAUAACCAGUAGUAGUGGCGCUAUAACCAUACACCUGAUUGAGCAAGCAGUCACUAGAGGCCUCAGCAGCCUUGAGGAUUAAAUGACCUCAGAAAGGUCUGGUGCAAAGGGCAACGGGAACCCACUGUACUAUUUUUCCCUAGUAGCUAACUUUAUGGAAGAAGACAACAAUAGUUGCCAGUUUCAAUUAUCAAUUCCGAACUGAGACCUCCUUACAAUAGUACGGUGCACAAAACACAUUGUAUUAUUUAAAGAAAUUUUAGAUCCAUUAAAAUCGCUAAUUUUAAACAGUACACAACUCUAUUAAACAAUUAUGUCUCGAUUUAGUUACAAUUGAAAUAUUUUCAAGGUCAAAAGAGAUCGACUACAAGGAAAAAUAGCACUUAAAAAGAAAACUCUCUAAAAAUACAAUUAACUGUGAGUUUCCAGCUCUGACACACCUACAUAAA